AUGCUAAGGAAGUAUGACUACUACGACCGGUCAAAACUGUUAGUGUCAUAUGAUUACAACAAGAAACUUCUACCGAACACUGGAAGACCAGUAGAGCAGCUGAGGUACUCAAAGAUCAUUGGGAGUCAUAUGUAUGUGAUGAGCUGCACAAGGCCAGAUAUAGCAUUCGUUGUAGGAAUGCUUAGUAGGUUCACAAGUAAUCCUGGAAAGCUACAUUGGGAUGUUGUCCAAAGAUUAAUGAGAUACUUGAAAGGAACUACAGAUAUUUGGCAAGUGGUUGCAAAGCCUGGUGACUCCUGGAUGUGGAAACAGUUGAUUAGAACAAGGGAUAAAGCAAUGGCUUUGUGUGGCGGUGAGAACAAUCUUAAGCUGCUGAUUAGUUCCUGCUGCAAAAAUUCAAAACUCAGAAUCUCUGCCAUAUACAAUGCUCUCUUACAUUCAACUAAUGAAGUGCAAUGGACCAAAGUUGUUUGGGGAAGAUUAAAUAUCCCUAAACACUCAUUCAUAAGCUGCUUAGUCUUUCAAGACAGACUUCUAACAAAGGACAGGUUAUAUAGAAGAGGAAUCAUAAAUUCUAAUCUGUGUAGCCUUUGCGAUGGUGCUUGCAGUGAAUCCAGGAAUCACUUGUUCUUUGAGUGUGCUUUCUCUUGUGAAGUAUGGAAUAGUAUCAUGGAUUGGAUGGAUUUUAAUUGGCGUGCCUGUCAUUGGCAUCAUGUUUUAGAGUGGUUCACUGUCAGACAGCGUGGGAAGGGGCUUAAGCAGCUACUCAAGAACCUGGCACUGACAGCAACUAUUUAUUACAUUUGGAGGGAACGCAAUGUUAGAAUCUUCCAACAAAAAUACAGGAGCACAACACAGCUGAUUAGAGAAAUCGAGACUGAUAUUUGGAUCACCAUACUCAACAAUCCAUUAGCUAGAUAA